AAGCCGGGUUGUUUAUAUAAACAUGCAUGGGAAAGAAGAUUAAAGAAAGAAAAAAGGGUUUAGUUUGUGGGGAUUCAAAGUUUCAAACCCUAGGAUCAAUCCCCAUCUCUGUGGAGGUCCACGUGGUAAGCUUUCGUGUUUUCCAGAAUCAAAUUUAUACGUACUUAUAAUAAUCAUCAUCAUCUCAAGUAAUAUAUAAUACUAUAAUGGCAUCUGAGCUCAAUUGUUCCUUGUUAGAGAAACUCGACUACUUAUCGCUUCUUUCUAAAGUCAGUACUGAACUUGAAACCUACUUCGGCGUCUCUGAUAGAGUAUUAGCUGAAUUUGUCACUGAAUUAGGUCGCGGUUGCUCGAAUGUUGAUGUUUUUGAUGCUAAAUUAAAAGAAAACGGUGCUGAUUUGCCUUAUUAUCUUGUGCGUACUCUGUUAACUAAUAUUCAUGCUAUAUUGCCCGCACAAGAGGUCGGACUAGUAGACAAGGAUAGAUUUAGGGGUAGAGAUGGAGGAGAUGAGAGACGUAGAGGGCGCGAGGAGAGGGGUGGGGAAGAUGACAGCGCUGCUGAUAGAAAUCGGAGAGAUGAGUGUGAUCAGCACGUUGAUAGCAGGACUUGUGAACCAGAGUUGUAUCGGGUUUAUAAGGGAAGGGUGAAGAGAGUCAUGGACACCGGUUGUUUUGUUCAGCUGAAUAGUGAGUUUAGGGGUAAAGAGGGCUUGGUUCAUGUGUCUCAGAUGGCUACUAGGAGGAUCACAAAUACCAAGGAUUUCGUCAAGCGGGAUCAGGAGGUGUAUGUCAAGGUGAUUUCCAUUGCGAAUCACAGGUUGAGUUUAUCCAUGAAAGAUGUUGAUCAGACUACAGGUGAAGAUCUGCUGCCUCUGAAGAAGAGCAGCUUGGAGGAGGAUGAUAUGGCAACUCCUUCAAGAUUGAAUAACAGGAGGCCUACUUCAAGGACUGGGAUUUCUGGGAUCAAAAUUAUUGACGAUGAUGAUGCUCCUCAUCCAUCAUGCCGACCCUUGAAGAGAAUGACUUCACCCGAGAGGUGGGAGGCGCAGCAGAUGAUCGCCUCUGGUGUUUUAAGUGUAAAGGAGCAUCUCAUGUUCAAUGAUGAAACAGAUGGCCUCCUCUACGAGAAGGAAGUUGCUGAGAAAGAGCUGGAAAUCGAGUUGAACGAGGAUGAACCACCCUUUUUAAACGGCCAAACCCAAUAUUCUGUGGACAUGUCACCUGUUAAGGUAUUCAAAAAUCCUGCGGGAUCACUGAGUCGUGCAGCAGCCCUUCAGUCUGCUCUUGUCAAGGAGAGGAGAGAAGUGAGGGAGCAGCAGCAGAGGGCCAUCCUAGAUUCUAUCCCGAAAGAUCUUAACAGACCGUGGGAAGAUCCGAUGCCCGAGUCAGGUGAGAGGCAUCUAGCACAGGAGCUGAGGGAUCUUGGUUUAUUUGCAUACAAAUCACCUGAAGCGAAGAAAGAUGCCUGUGCUGCAGCUCUCACUUUUGGGCAGAGGUCAAAGCUGUCCAUACAAGACCAGAGGAAGAGCUUACCCAUUUACAAAUUGAAGAAUGAACUGGUACAAGCAGUGCAUGACAAUCAGGUUCUGGUUGUUAUUGGUGAGACAGGUUCAGGCAAGACAACUCAAGCGACACAGUACCUUGCUGAAGCAGGUUACACAACCAGUGGUAAAAUUGGAUGUACUCAACCUCGUAGGGUGGCUGCAAAGUCUGUGGCUGAGAGAGUGGCUGAAGAAUUUGGUUGUCGUUUAGGGGAGGAAGUUGGGUAUGCCAUUCGAUUUGAGGAUCAUACCGGUCCGGACACUGUUAUAAAGUACAUGACUGACGGUAUGCUUUUAACAGAGAUUCUUAUUGAUGAAAAUUUAUCUCAAUACUCCAUUAUAAUGCUUGAUGAAGCGCAUGAGAGGACCCUACACACAGAUAUUCUCUUCGGGCUACUCAAAAGGCUAGUGAAAAGACGUCCGGACCUUCGUUUGAUCAUCACAUCUGCCACACUGGAUGCUGAGAAAUUUUCAGGUUAUUUCUUUAGUUGCAAUAUAUUCACCAUCCCUGGAAGAACUUUUCCUGUAGAGAUACUGUAUGCCAAACAACCAGAAAUUGACUACUUAGAUGCAGCCCUGAUCACAGUCCUGCAGAUUCAUUUGACAGAACCUGAAGGAGACAUCCUUGUCUUUUUGACCGGUAAAGAUGAGAUCGAUCAUGCAUGCCAGUCUCUUACAGAGAGGAUGAAAGGGUUGGGCAAGAAUGUACCUGAGCUAAUCACUUUACCAGCCCACGGAAGUUUGCCCAUUGAGGAGCAGUCCAGAAUCUUUGAUCCUGCUCCUCCCGGGAAGAGGAAAGUGGUAGUUGCAACCAAUAUUGCUGAAGCUUCUCUGACAAUUGAUGGGAUUUAUUAUGUCAUUGACUCUGGAUUUGCAAAGCAAAACGUUUACAAUCCUAAGCAGGGGCUUGAUUCACUGGUCAUAACGCCAAUCUCGCAAGCAUCGGCAAAGCAACGAGCUGGACGUGCAGGACGGACCGGACCAGGUAAGUGUUACCGCCUGUACACAGAGAGUGCUUUUCACAAUGAGAUGUCCCCCACCUCUAUACCUGAAAUUCAGAGGACGAAUCUCGGAGUCACCACUCUGAACAUGAAAGCAAUGGGCAUAAACGAUCUACUAUCGUUUGAUUUUAUGGACCCUCCUUCUCCUCAAGCUCUAAUCUCUGCCAUGGAACAGUUGUAUAGUCUUGGAGCUCUGGAUGAAGAGGGGCUUCUCACAAAAUUGGGUAGGAAAAUGGCAGAAUUUCCGAUGGAUCCUCCCUUAUCGAAAAUGCUCCUUGCUAGUGUAGAUCUUGGUUGUAGCGAUGAGAUUCUGACCAUCAUAGCAAUGAUUCAAACCGGAGAUGUGUUCUACAGACAUAGAGAAAAGCAAGCUCAAGCUGACCAAAAAAGGGCCAAAUUCUUCCAGCCUGAAGGAGAUCAUCUUACCUUGCUUGCUGUAUACGAGGCCUGGAAAGCAAAAGGGUAUUCUCGACCAUGGUGCAGUGAGAAUUUUGUCCUAUAUAAAUCAUUAGAUAUGGCUCGAGAUGUGCAGGGACAGCUCCUUUCUCUCAUGGACAGGUACAAAUUGGAUAUUGUGAGUGCUGGGAAGAACUAUUCGAAGAUAAGGAAGGCCAUUGCAGCAGGAUUUUUCUUCCAUGCAGCUAAAAAGGAUCAGCAGGGAGGAUACCGAACUCUAGUGGAGAAUCAAUCAGUUUACAUUCAUCCCAGCAGUGCUCUUUUUCAAAGACAACCCGAUUGGGUCAUCUACAACGAGUUGGUAUUGACAACAAAGGUGUACAUGCGUGGAGUUACCGUUGUUGAUCCCAAGUGGCUUGUUGAGCUGGCACCCAGGUUUUUUAAAGUAGCAGAUCCAAGCAAAAUGAGCAAACGCAAACGUGAAGAACGUAUUGAACCUCUUUAUGACAGGUACCAUGAGCCUAAUUCUUGGCGUUUGAGCAAAAGGCGUGCUUAGUUUUUGUGCUGGAAUUACAGGAUGUUUAUUACUGCUAUUAAAUGUAAUUGGGUCAAUAUCAAUGUAGAAGAUGAUCUCUGUACUAAAUUAAGUUUGAUCAAUAUUUCUGUUAUCCCGGGAGACCCGGGUUUGACUCUGACUCAUCCGAAAAA